AUGGAUAUUGGAUGGGUGACGGUGGGCAAUUCGUAUUUUAUACGAAGAUUUUGCGAGGGACUAGAGGGAGAAGAAAGUGAUUAUGGUGGUGGUGACUGUAGCGGUGGCGGUGGUGGCGGCGACCUUGUUGGGAAAAACGGACACUAUAAUAUAGUUACCGAGUUACGUGAUACAUCACGCGCGUGCGGUUACACGGGGAGUCGCGGCGUGGUCGGUACGCAUAGUCGACGCUCGGUCAAGGUGGAUACGGACGCGACGCUCGCGACGGCCGACCAAGUCGGACCGGCUGCGGCGGAAGACGGCGGCACAACCGGCAGCAAACUGCACGCUGCAAUCGUAGCGUCCGUCGCGGCGUCGCCGCAGAAGUUGGCCACUACCAUCAGGGGCUUCUGGAACUCGUCCGCGGGUCCGGCUGCUAACUCGGUUCUGGGAUGGCGGGGAAAUAUCAAGGAAACGAUCGCAAAAGGAUGGUGGAAUCUAAAUACGGAACGUACGGACAAGGACGUGGCUUUAGACUCGGGCGAACAACGGCCAAGAACACCGGACGAAGAGACAAAACUACCAAAACUACCAGUGCCUUUGUUGGAACGUACUACGAAACUAUAUCUGGAAACGCUGAAACCAAUAUUAAAUGAAAAACAAUACGAACAUGCUAGAAAGCUAGUGGCAGACUUCACGAGUGGGCCUGGUCCAAUGUUACAAGAAAUAUUGCUCGAACGCAGAGAAGAACAUGACAAUUGGGUGUAUGAUUGGUGGCUUCACGAUAUGUAUCUGUGCAACCAAUCUUCGUUGCCAGUUAAUUCCAAUCCCGGAAUGGUAUUUCCACCACUACCAAAUCUAUCAGCAGAGACGCAGAUGGCCAAAUUUUCAGCUAGAUUUGUAGUUGAAAUGAUGAAUUUCAAACGAAUAUUGGACAAACGAGAACUACCUGUAGAAAAAGCUGCAUCCAGAGAAAAAGGACAACCGUUAUGCAUGGCACAGUAUUAUAGACUAAUGAAAUCAUAUAGGGAACCAGGAUUAGUUAAGGAUCGACUCGUAGACUUCGAAUCAGAUUUGACAUUAUCAAGACCUCACAUUAUAGUUGCUUGCAAGUCACAGUUUUAUGUGUUGCGAUUAACUUCGGGUGAAGACGCAACUCCCAUAACUGAAGAAGAAAUUGUAACAAAACUACUGAACAUUAUAAUGGACGCUAAAAAAACCGCUGGCACUGCGGGUACAUAUUCGGUGGGCAUUUUAACAUCGCAAAAGAGAGACGACUGGGCGCAUAGCAGGGAGUUGUUGAUGAAAAGUGCAUCUAAUCGCAAUAAUUUAGCAUUAAUCGAGCGUUGCUUAUUUUUCAUCAAUUACGAUUUGGAACCACUUGGUCUGGAAUUUAAUUCCACGUGUAAAGUAGGUGCAAAAGGCUAUAGACUAUCGAAUGACAGAGACGAGACAAACAUGAUGCAUCAAAUGAUCCACGGUGGAGGUAGUGAGUACUGUUCUGGCAACCGCUGGUUUGACAAGACUAUACAAUUGGUCGUUGGAAGAGACGGUGCAAAUGGAUUAUGUUACGAACAUUCACCAUCUGAAGGAAUUGCAGUUAUUGAAUUAAUGGAAAAAUUGAUUAAAAGUACUAAAGACUUAAACGAACAAUCAAUAGAUAUAAUGACAUCAACAGAAAAACCAGAAAAACUCAUAUGGAGUGUUAAUAAUGAACUCAUAAAACACAUAGCUGAUGCUUCUACUGUUUUGGACAAAUUAGUCAAAGAUUUAAACUUCCAUGUAUUCCGAUUCACUCAAUACGGAAAAGAAUUCAUAAAAUCUUGUAAGAUCAGUCCAGAUGUCUACAUACAACUUGCAAUGCAAUUAGCUUAUCAUAAGCUGCACGGUAAACUGGUGGCUACGUAUGAGAGCGCCUCCACCAGACGUUUCCGAUUGGGUAGAGUGGAUUGCAUACGAGCGGCGACUGUGGAAGCACUGGAAUGGGCUAAGGCAAUGAAUCAGUCUGCCGUCACCGAAACUGGCAUAUUAGGCACAAAGAAGAUAUACUAUACAGUGACUGAUAACGAAAAACUUCAACUUUUCGAAACUGCAGUAAAAAAACAAACUGACAUCAUGAUAGACAAUAUUCUCGGUAUGGGAAUAGACUCUCACUUAUUGGGAUUGAGACAAGCAGCAAGAGAAAAUGCCAUAUCGUGUCCAGUAUUUGAAGACGAUUCAUUUAGAAUUGCCAAUCAUUUUUCAUUAUCAACAAGUCAACUAUUAACUUCCACGGACAGUUUCAUGGGCUAUGGACCAGUUGUGCCGGACGGUUAUGGCGUUUCCUAUAAUCCCCAAAGCAAUUCUUUGGUAUUCUGUGUAUCUUCGUUCAAAUCAUCUAAAACCACAAACAACAAUGCUUUUACUGUAGCUCUAGAACAAAGUUUGAUGACAAUGCAGAAAAUGAUAUACAUGAAAAGAAAUUAAGACAACGUUGUUCAUAUUGUUCGCAUCCGUUUUUGGAAUUUUCUCAUCUUAUCUUUAGUACCACAUACAUAUCUUUGAGUGAUAAAAUAAGUUCAAUAUUAUAUUUGUACAAUUGUACUUUACACUUUGAAAUUUUUAGUUACCAAACACUAAACCAUUUAUCGAAUGCAUUACAGUGCAUUGCGUCGUUAUAAAUUUAUUCAUAUUCUACCACGUCAAAAACUAACCUAAAGUUUAUAAGCACUAAUUGUUAUUGUUUUAUUUAUUUAUUUAUAAUGUUACAGCUUUUUUAAAACUUAUAACUUUAAAAUUUAUUUUUAUUCGUUAUAUUAAUUAUACUGUAUCGUUACUAUUUGUGGACUUGUGAUGUUUCAAGUGAUUUUAGGCAUGAUUGAAUUAUUAAAAACCAAUAUUAAAAUAUGAAAUUAAGAAAAUGGAUUCUCAUAAUGUAGGUA